AAAAAAAUGUCCGUCUCAUCUUAAUACAACAAAAACAGCUUUACCAUGCAGGGCUAAAAUGUCUCAAAUGAUAGGCCUAUGGGUCUUUCGUUCGACCUAAUCGAUGCCUUUUUCGGCAGUGAAUUGGGGGAUGCUUGGCAAACCGUAAUUUCUGUCCCGGGAUAAAAUUGCUGCCGCGGCACACACGUCUCAGAUAAACCCGGGCUCUCAAGCGGACUCUGAACAUGGCCACCAUGAGGAUAUUAACAGCUGCCGGACUGUUCUUGGCCUUCUGUGCUCUGGGACUGUUGACAAUGGCCAUAAGCACGGACUACUGGUAUGAGACUGAUGCGAGGCGGCACAGAGAAAGAUGCAAAAAAUACGCCAGUAAAAGGAUUGACCCUGGAUAUAUUUAUAUUUCAAAUCAAAACCUUCCUUUACGGAUGCAUCCAAAUGGAAAUGUUGUUGAAAGGACGAAGACCACUGAUGGGGCUCUUUUGCGGGUUAGACGGGAAUCUAUAGCUCCAGCUGCGGGCAUAGAAUCCCGCUGUAGUCGGCGUUUUAACUCGACUGUAACCGGAUUGUGGAGAAAGUGUCACCGGGCAGGUUUCGAUGUAGAAAAUGAGGAAUUGAUAUUCAAAGGUUUACUUCAGCGCUGCACUCCAGUGAAGUACUACUACUCCUCAGCAACUAUUCCUCGUGACCUGCCCAUCAAUAUCACCAAGACAAUACGCCAAGAUGAGUGGCAUGCUCUGCACUUGCAGAGAAUGACUGCUGGCUUCAUAGGAAUGGCUGUCUCGAUCAUUCUGUUUGGCUGGAUGGUAGGACUCCUGGGUUGCUGCAACCAAAAUGAGCUGAUGCAGUAUGUAGCUGGCCUGUUGUUCUUAAUGGGAGGAACCUGCUGCAUCAUCUCCCUGUGCACAUGUGUGGCCGGCAUUAACUUCCAGCUCUCGCGCUACCCUCGCUACGUGUACGGGCUGCCCGAGGACAUCAGCCACGGCUACGGCUGGUCCAUGUUCAGCGCCUGGGGGGGACUGGGCCUCACCCUGCUGGCCGGCUUCCUCUGCACACUGGCCCCCUCCCUGCACACGCCCCAGAGCACAGUCACGCACAAGCCGCGGCAGGAGAAUGGCAUCGUGUGACAGGCGGAGGGGCAACCCCGAGCACCAGGGCCCCGCGCUCAUCCCCACUGCUUACAAAACAAAGAAGAACCCCCCCUUCCCCCCUGAGCAGGAGAGGAACACUGAAAGGCCCACUUUCACCCACUCAGACUUGGAGAGCCCCAUGUGGACUAGAGGAGAACAUGGGCGCUGGGUCCACUGAGACCCGUUUUUGGCAAAGUGAUGUUUUACUGAAGAUGUUCUGUGUUAUAAUGGUGCUCUUUCUCUGUGCCCCCCCCCCCCCCCCCCCAGACGCCCUCUGGUUCACUCUUUCUUCAAAUCAUCUGUUCUUUAUUUGUCUCCUUUGUCUCAGAGGAUAUCAAGCAGGGAGCUGUUUUAGAAAUUGGCAGGUUAGGUUUUUAGUUAGGUGCUUUUUUUAUUUGUCUUUAUGUUGCCUGUAUAAACAAACAAAAAAAAUCUCUCAAAUGUCUUCCUGUAUCGUCAUAUCAUUUGUUGUACACUUUAAAAUGACUGGACGAAAACAAUUAAGAGCACAAAAGGAUACAUGAGACUGAAAGGAGCGAAGUAUACAUCAUGAGUACAUACUUGUCCGUUCAUUUCUAAUGCAGUAUGUGUAAAUGUAACCCUGUUUCUAUGAUCGUUUGUUUUUAGAGUAAAUGUACAGUAUUGUGAUGCAGGGUCAGGAAUGGUUGUGAUGGCACAAACCCAUGUUUGAAAGAUAACAAGAAUAAAUCAAGAUCUUUAAUAGAAAAGUCCUCAAAGUGUUUUUGUUAAGUGUACUCCUCAACAUAGAAUUGGGAAGAGUAGAAUGGACUUUUGGAAUUCCCACAAUAACAGCUCCCUGUCAGAAACAGAUGAAAUAAAUAAUAACAUGCAGGGCUUUAUUAGGGAUGAUAUUUGGGGUUAUUUUCCAGACCUGGUUAAGUGUCCAAUAACAGGCAUGAAUAACAUAGAAUAAUAUGGUGUAGUGGAAUAUUCCCCCUACAUGUACACGUUAGAAGAGAUAUCUGUGUCUCAUAUUAUUUGAAGGACACAGUUCAAGAUAACACAUCAAAGACCACUCAUAGUUCUGAAAAUCACAAACUUAGCAGAGCUGGAAAACAUUUCAGUCAGCAGAACAUUGUGAUCUGUUUUUAAACAAAUCAAGGAUUUUUGAAACAAAUCUUCACUUCAUUUGACUCGAGUUUUGUUGGCAUACAUUGUGGUUCUUGGAUUAUGCUUUUACGAUGUGGUCUGUAUAAUGGCCAUCAUACUUACUCAACAUUUUUGGCCAUCUCCUUCUGGGACUUUCAGUGAUGCAGUAAAUAAAUUCCAAUCUUUUAUC